AUGCCCGACAACCGGUCGCAGUCGUUCGACGAGAUCUACGGCCCGCCCGAGAACUUCCUCGAGAUCGAGGUGCGGAGCCCGCGCACGCACGGCAUCGGCCGCCACAUGUACACCGACUACGAGAUCGUGUGCCGCACAAACAUACCGGCCUUCAAGCUGCGCCAGUCGGCCGUGCGCCGCCGCUACUCGGACUUUGAGUACUUCCGCGACAUACUCGAGCGCGAGUCGGCCCGCGUCACCAUCCCGCCCCUCCCCGGGAAGGUCUUCACCAACCGCUUCUCCGACGACGUCAUCGAGGGCCGCCGCGCGGGGCUCGAGAAGUUCCUCCGCAUCGUCGUCGGUCACCCGCUGCUGCAGACGGGCAGCAAGGUCCUGGCCGCGUUUGUGCAAGGUAUGAGAAGGGCAAUAUUCUCAUACCAUAUAUGGCGUCUAGAUCCAAACUGGGAUAGGAAUGCCUGGUGA